AUGGAUGUUUACUACGACAACGGCGGCAAUUUCAUUGGCACCGCCCAUAUUUACCACGAUAGACAGCAGGAGCAGUGGCUUAGCGAGUCGAUGGCCAGUAGGAAGAACGGUGACCACAUUGGUCUCGCCACAAAGUACACUAAUGCACUGGCGACUGACCUGAAAGAGAUUCGCGCGAGCUAUGUCGGGAGAGGCACGAAGUCCAUGCGCCUAUCUCUCGAGCGGUCGCUCAUCAACGUCCAGAAUUCAUCUGUGGACUUGUUCUAUGUGCACUAUUGGGAUUCUAGAACCUCUAUUUCUGAGCUGAUGCAUGCUCUCAAUGACCUUGUCUCGUCAGGAAAGGUAAACCGAGGAAUCUCCGACGCGUCCCCGUGGGUCGUUACAAAGGCAAACCCAUACGCGCGUGACCACGGUCUACGCCAGUUCGUAGUGUACCAAGGCAUGAAGUAUGGAGCCAGCUACCUUCACUGGUACAGACAGGAAUAA